AUGACCGCGCGCCGUAGGUGGGGCGGGAGGAUGUGCGCCGCAGGUGGGGAGAGGACGCCACCGCGCGUGGGGGCCAUCUGCGCGGACGUCGAGGUUGGAUCCGUCGGGAAAGGGGCGCCGCCAAACCCAAUCGACCGGAUCUGCCCGCAGCUGACCGGAAGGGGAGAGACGGCGAGCGCGGUGCACAAGCGCGAGUGGUGCGCCCCGCCACGGCGCAGGGUCCUGGCGAAGGAGGAGGACGAGGCGCCGGUGGGGAGCGGGGGCGCCCUCUCGCCGCCGGAUCUCGCGGCCACCGGCGCCAGGAACUUGGCGGCGGUGAAGGACGCGGCCGCCAUCUCUCUCUGCCCUUUCCGCUGUCUCCUGGCCGGACAGUUUGAGGGGCAAUGCAGUGAACGAACGAACAUGGAGAUGGGGGAGGCCCCGCCGCGGUGGCGUAUAAAGAGAGGAGGCGAUGGAGAUGGCCACUCUCGUCUGUCUGUUUGUUCUUCCUUCGUGUGUGCUGUGGCGGCGUUGGCUGCUAGGGCGAGGGCGAGGGCGAGGUCGAGGGCCAGGCAGGGCUGCGGCGGCGCCGACUACCAGGGCGAGGGCAAGGGCGGCCAGAGCAUGCGAAGCUUCUCACCAGUCUCCGGCGAACGGCGGCACCGCGUAGAUCCGGGAAAGGCGGCGGAGGAGGCGAGAUCCGGGCCCGGCGGCGGCGGCCGACCCAGCUGCCGGGAGGGUGCGGGCGGCGUGGUGCGCGCGUCCGCGGCGGUCCGAGGUUGCUCAAAUCGGCCGCCACAAAGACGGUGGAGGAGGCGAGAUCCGGGACCGGCGGCGUCCACGGUCCCGUUCGUCGCGCUGGGGGGCGUGGGGUUCCUGGAGCGGCCCGUGAUCGCGCUGGGGGUGCUCCUCCUCGUGCUCUCCCUCACGGGCCUCGCGGGGGCACUCUGCCUCGCCUCGUGCCUCCUCUGGCUCUUCCUCCUCAUCCUGCUCCUCUUCGCCUUCACCGUAUUCGCCUUCGUCGUCACCAACCGCGGCGCCGGGUGGGUCGUCUCCGGCAGGGGGUACAAGGAGUACCGCCUCGAGGACUACUCCACCUGGAUGCAGAGGAGGGUGGAGGACUCGCAGAACUGGGCCAAGAUCCGCAGCUGCCUCCAGGACGGCGAGGAGUUCUGUCAAUUUUGUCUAGCAAUCACUGCAUUAAACCUGCAAUUUCUUAUUGAUCUGAACCUGCAAUUUCUUAUUGAUCUGAGCUUGAUUGGCUUGGUCAUCUCGAAGUGA